AUGGCCAUGUCAGGAGACUUCACCAGCAGUUCACUUAUUCCAGAUUUCAACGCUUUGGGUGCUGGUACUCCUGGCGUCGUAAACUAUAAUUUUGACUUCCAACAAACCAAUCAAAUGGUACCCUCUCCUGCUUGGAAUUAUCCAUCUCAAUAUUACAACCUGCCCAUCUACCGACAACUGAGCAACAGUCAACCCACUACAAAAACCAACUUAACCACGAAAAGGACUCGCACGGCAUAUACCUCUCAGCAACUUUUUGAACUCGAACGAGAAUUCAAUAGACGAGAAUUCAAUAGAGAUAAAUGUCUCACGAGGUCGCUGAGGAUUCAUCUGGCGGAGAGACUGAAAUUGUCCGAACAACAAGUAAAAGUCUGGUUCCAAAAUAGACGGAUGAAAUAUAAAAAAGAAUGUGGUCGAGCUGCGUCGCCUCAAAUUGUGAACAAUGAUAUGGCGGGAGAAACAACACAAUCCGAGAACUUGAGGACCUUACCGGCACAGCUUAACCCCAAUGAUAUUUCACCAGCUACUAAUACCGUACAAGUGCUUCAAGUUCCUCGACAUUUGAUUCAACCUUCAGUGCAGUACUCACUUCCCAGUGCAAAUGGUCAAAACACAAUCAAACGAGAAGAUCAACAGUACCAGUUUCCGAUCACUCCAGAGCCGUCCCCAGAGCAAAUUUCGUUCAAUAACCUUAAUGGCACUGGAGACCAGAUUCUACCGACCAAUGAAGUUCCGCAGAUGCUGGAACAACACCAGAAUCCAGUGUGGCAUGGUCAGCAGGAUAUGGCCAAUGGAUCAGCAUCGUUCACUAGUUUAUGA